AUGCGUCGCGGCGACGCCGCCGCCGCCGCCGCGCCCGCGCCCGCGUCCGCGGCGGACGCGAUCGAGGACGCGGACGACUACCAUCGACAGCUUCUCGUCGUGCGGCGACUGCACGACGCGGGCGCGUCGCGCGAGCGCGUCGCCGCCGCCGCGGCGACGCUCCGAGCGCUGAAAGCGAAGACGUGGGUCCCGCGCGGGACGACGUCGCGGAAGAAGAAGCGCGCGAAGCUCGCGGCGGGGGGGCUCCAAGACGCGAGCGGCGCGGGAGACGACGCGACCGCCGCGACCGCGGCGACGGACGCGCGCGCCGUCGCGACGUACCCUCCCCCGGAUCUCCCGCCCGUGGACGCCGACGGGUUCGUCCUCGCGUUCGACGCGCCGAGCAUCGCGCCCGGGGUGGAGCCGUCGAAUGCGCGCGCGGAGGACGUCCGCGUGGACGCGGAUGCGAUCGCGCACUGGCGCAGGUACGGCUUCGUCGUGUUCCGCGACGUCCUCACGCGCGAGGAGUGCGCGGCGACGCGCGACGAGAUCUGGGAUUACCUCGAGGCGACGCAUCGCCAUCGCGGCGCGGCGCUGUCGAGGGACGACGCGAACACGUGGCACGCGUUGUCGUCCGACACGUACGGCCUCGCGCCGGAGCCGUCCGUGUUUACGCCCAGGUGCGUGAUGAACCGACAGAACCCGAAGGUGAUCGCGUGCCUCGCCGCGGCGCUCUCGUCGUUCCCCGACGGCGACGCCGGCGACGGCGGCGGCGACGACGCCGACGCCGCUCGCGUGUCCGUGUCCCCGAGAGACGUCAUCGUGAGCCAAGAUCGCUGGUGCCUGUACCGACCGACAAGAGGGCUCUCGCUGAGGCGCAGACCGAGUGCUGACGACGACGUUGAAAACGGUCGAGAAACGACGGUUACGACGACCGAGCUGGUGGAUAAGCCGGAGUGGAAGACGCGCGGAAACCUCCACCUGGACCUCAACCCGUUCACGUACGGCGACGACGCGCUCAACGCGCGCGCGCUGGACGACGACGACGACGUCUCGGUCUCGGUGUCGGACACGAAUGUGGCGGGAAACGACGGCCACGUCGACGACGCGAUCGGCCCGCGCGCGAAGGCGGACCGGCUCCCGUUUGAACACGCGCGCGACUUUAGCAAAGAGACCAACGCGGUGUCCGCGGCUUCGGGCGCGUUCUAUACACUGGUUCCCAUACGACCGCGCUGGCGUGGGCCGCACGUCCAAGGCGUCAUCGCGCUCGCGGACAACCGCGUCGAGGACGGCGGCACGGUCUUGGUCCCCGGGUUCCACGCGACGUUCGCGAAGUGGAGUCGCGCGCUGGGGAGCUCGUGGCGGGCGUACGCGGAGACGCACGCGGACGCGGACGCGAAUCGGUUGUUUGGCGACCGCGACGCGAUCCACGAGAGGAAAACGCGCGUAACCGCGAGGGAAGGGUCGUACGUGAUCUGGGACCAGCGGCUCGCGCACGGGGCGGCGCCGAACGACAGCGACGUGCCGAGGAUAGCGCAGUUCGUCAAGGGGUUCAGGCGGGAGGGCGCGGGGAGAGGGCGAUUGCGGCGACGCGCGAGGUUCAUCGAGCGCGCGUUGGAAGCGAACGGGACGUCUGGGGUCGUGAGCGCGUUGGGGCGCCGCGUCUUCGCGCUGGAUACGUUAUGA